AAGGCAGCAAGGAAGGCAGCAAGGAAGGCAGCAAGGAAGGCAGCAAGGAAGGAAGGAAGGAAGGCAGCAAGGAAGGCAGCAAGGAAGGCAGCAAGGAAGGCCCGACGACCCAACGACUUCAGUGGCUUCCGAUUUUUGGGGUUUGGACUGAAUGACGACUGUCGGUGACAUCAGACAAGUGAGCAUAUCUGUACUUGUCCACGUCUAAGUUGCCAUCAGGAUGCCUAAGCUUUCCAUCACAAGCAAAUAAUGAAGCAAGGUCACGACAUCAGAAAUAUGGCUUUUUCAUAUCAGUGUAACAUUGGGCCACGACAAGAAGGUCAAAGUGGGAUUGACGAAGGGAAGGCCACAAAGGGAAGGAGCAGAACGCCUCCUGGACGAGACGGCCAAUGGCAGGACGCCCCCGCCCACCCACCCCGACCUACCAACGACAAUCUUCUUAUUUGCGUCUCGGCAGACAAGCACAAGUGGACAGGAUGCGAGUCGUCCCGUUCACUCGUCUGGUGAUGUGUCUUGAUGGAAGGCAACGGCACGCUGAUGCUGAGUCUUGAUGGCUUCAUAGACGUGGACACGUACAGAUGUGUUUAUUUUCUGUUCUUGUUGGCAAUGUAUAUUCUCAUCCUCUGCUCUAACGGCACCAUUAUUUGUCUGGUCUGGAUUCACAGGAACCUUCAUGAGCCCAUGUAUGUUUGCAUUGCGUGUUUGUCCCUCAACUCUCUUUUUCUCAGCACUACUGUCUAUCCCAAACUCUUUGCGGACGUCUUGUCGAAGCAUCAGAGCAUUUCUUUGUCCUUUUGUCUGCUCCAGUUUUUUUUCUUUUACUCUUUCGGUGCGUCUGACAUCACGUUGUUGUUGGUCAUGUCUUACGACAGGUACGUGUCCAUCUGCAGCCCUCUUCGGUACGCCUCGGUCAUGGGCGCAAGAAGGGUCAGCGUUUUCUUGGCUUUGGCCUGGUUUGUGCCAGGCUGUCUGCUGAUGGUGACAAUUUCCAUGCAGUCCAAACAAAAAAUCUGCAGCUUGACUUCGGGUGGAAUUUUUUGCAACGGUGCAAUGUUGAAGAUUUACUGUAUGAUACCAAUGCCAGUGAUGGGGUGGACUUUUUUUGGCAUCUCAACUGUGGUGCUCCUUCCCGUGUUGCUCAUCCUCUUCACAUACGUCAAGAUAUUCAUAGUUAGCUAUCGUAGUCUAGCCUGGAAAAAAGCCGUGGAUACGUGUUUACCGCAUGUGAUUGUUUUAAUCGCAACUGUGGCUUUGGUCCUAUGCGACGCCGUCAUCGGGCUACUGGGGUCGGUACUUCCCAAAAGUGUGCAACUGAUUACGACUGUACAAACAGUGGUGUACACUCCUCUGCUCAAUCCAAUGGUAUACGGCUUGAAGCUGAAAGAAAUCCGCAAGCACAUCGACAAACUCUUUCGUUCCAAUCAUGUCGGAGCUAUGGCAAAUCAGGUGGAAUGAAAUGUGCCAAUAGUUGCUCACUUGUUGUGCUGAGACUGGCGCCCUCUUUUCACUUGAGUCCAAUAACGGCCGUGCCGUGCCGUGCCUGCACAUGUCUCCGUUUGUCACCUGACUGCCUGCUAAUCAAGGAAUGGCCUGCAUCUGCUGCAGCUCCUGAGGUCCCCUACUUGACCUCUGUGUAUUGUGCCAGUGCUUGUCGCUUCGUCUGCUUACCCUGCCCGUUAAAGACACCACUGCUUCUCUGUUGCCGACCGCGCUUUGAUCGCCCGCCGCCUGCCCCGGCCGCUUGCGCGGCGGCCUUUGGGCGCGCUUCCGAUCGCCGCCUGCCUCCACCACACAC